AUAACGUUUCGAUAAGCAACUAUGCGUUACGUCAUCUUGCCGUUUGUUAUGAACGAAAGCUCAAAUUUAUUUCAAUGGAAAAAUCGCCGUCGUCGAGAAUUGAUGUUGGAUGCAGAACGCAGAACGCAAAUAAUAUAGGACACAUUUUCGCUUAAAGUGCCAAAGUGAAAAAAUAUAACAAUAAAAAACUCGCUGAAUCAAACGAAGUUAAACGAAUCGUGCGAUGAAAGAGAAAAUUGCAUAAAAUAUUCACUUGUUUUUUUGCUACUGCAGCGUAAACCAGUUGUGCAAAUUUUUUGAGUAGAUCUGAAAUUACAAACUUUCCAGAAUAAUCUGAAGAAUUGAAGUUCAAAUAAUAAAUAAUUAAACUGAAGUUCAUUAAUUUCAACAGAAAAUCUGUUUUCCGAUAAAUUAAACAUAGUAGGCUCACGAAAACUUUCUGUGUAGCUAAGCGGUGUACUUAGUGAGGGGUGCAUUACAUAAGCGUGCGGCAGGAAGAAGUGUUUUUCGACAAUCUCUUGUGUAAUAAUAAUUUUCGUUGAAUCUAAAGCAGAAUCAAACGAAAAAGUUAAGAUUCACAUAAGUGAAGCGGGCGGUACUCCCGUCCCAACGGUGUGAAUUCUUUGUGUAUUUUUAAACCCUCGACUUACUCACAUGCUACGUUAUCAUACAAGUAGUGUGCAUAAGUUAUAUUUUUGCAAUUUCGUAAAGCAGUGCUUCGAAUAAGCAGAUUGUGUGUGUGUAUUUUACUACGCUUGGUUGCCAUCAUAUUUACGCGCACGAGCUGUAGGCACUGUCAUCGUAACCAGUCGUCGGCUGAUCCCCGCUAGAAGCGACGCAGUACAAUUUCACAAUAUCAAAGCAAAAGAAAUAAAGUACCUACAGUAGUAGAAACGUUUUCGAAAACGUGUUGUUUUGUUUGCCGGUCCUAGUAAAAGCUUUGCCACUAUAUAAUUUAUAUUCACACAUUUUUUUUUUUUAUUGUUUGUGUACGACAACGAAGUGCUAUAAAACCGGCAAUUGCCGGCAAUUUUGCUUUCUCUAUUCAAUUGUGUAUUGAAAUUUGAAUUUAUUGUACAUUUGAAGAGUGCGGAAAAAGUUCUCGCGUGAUUAUGUCCCAGAAUCAACGUGACACUAUAAUACAUUUAGUUGCUGGCGGUACCGCUGGCACAGUUGGUGCUGUCGUCACAUGCCCCUUGGAAGUGGUUAAGACGCGCUUACAGAGUUCCAAUGCCUUUCUCGGACCCACACGCCUCGAACCGCCGGGUUCCACCAAUGGCGCCAGCGAAUUGUUACGACCCGAACAGCGUCGUAAAUUGAGCACAACCAUUUUGCGUAAGAGGUCACAGCCACAGGUGAUUGGGGGUGUGCGUAGGAUCAUGGCUAUUUCACAUUGCGGCAUCUCAUCCACCUCCACAAAGUCCAUGAGCAUCAUACAGUGCUUGAGGUACAUAGUACAAAAUGAAGGUCCACGCGCACUUUUCAAAGGUCUGGGCCCAAAUCUCGUUGGCGUAGCGCCAUCACGUGCGGUAUAUUUUUGCACCUACUCACAGACAAAGAAUUUUUUGAAUAAUUUAAGUUACAUGCAAACGGAGUCACCGCAAGUGCACAUCUUGAGCGCUGCCAGCGCUGGUUUUGUCUCCUCCACACUAACGAAUCCUAUUUGGUUUGUGAAGACGCGCCUACAGCUAGACUAUAAUUCCAAAGUGCAAAUGACGGUGCGAGAAUGCAUUAAUCGAGUGUAUGCACAAGGCGGCAUUGCCGGUUUCUACAAAGGCAUUACGGCCAGCUAUUUUGGCAUCUGUGAGACAAUGGUACACUUCGUCAUUUAUGAGUUUAUCAAAUCGAAACUGCUAGAAAUGCGCAACUCACGUCACGAAGAUGUCAAAUCGUCGAAGGAUUUUCUGGAAUUCAUGAUGGCUGGUGCCGUUUCAAAGACUGUAGCAUCCUGUAUUGCGUAUCCACAUGAGGUGGCACGCACAAGACUGCGCGAGGAGGGCAAUAAAUAUAAUACAUUUUUCCAAACAUUGCAGACUGUGUGGAAAGAGGAAGGUAGAGCUGGACUUUAUCGAGGCUUAGCGACACAAUUGGUGCGACAAAUACCUAACACAGCCAUAAUGAUGGCCACCUACGAAGCAGUCGUGUAUGUGUUAACGCGACGAUUCAAUAAUAAAAGCAAUGAAUUCUACGAUUUCUAGAUUUGUUUUCGUUUAUGACUUGUAGCGUGAUUGAUUUGAGCGACUAUAAGUACAAAUACGCCAACACACACACAUCGCUAAUACUUAUAUAUAAACUGUGUGUGUGUGUUUGUGUGUGUAUUAAUGUGUGCAUAUAGGGUAAGCACGUGGUCAAUGAAAAAAUGUAUUUAAAAAUUUUAUUUUUUCUUAGCUACAAAGUUACUAUGCAACUUUGUUGCUAAACAAAUUAUGUAAUAUAAAGUUGUAAAAAUUGCAGCGCACUUCUAGGCGCUUAUGAGUAGACGUUAGAAGACUGCAGCACGCUGAUACAAAAACAAAGGCGUACAACGAAUUGAAAACUAUUUUGAAAUAGCUUUAAAUUCUAGCAAACACACUAACUAAUAGAGUAGCAUGUUGCAAGUUGUGCGCAAAAUUUUAUGUAAUGCGUUUAUUUAGUUUUUUUUUCGUGCAUAGGAAAUGUUGUGCAGCAAUUAAACAAUCAAGCAGUCAGUCAAUAUACUACUUUUAAGAGAUAUGGCAGGCCAACACUGAUAAGCCACUUAUUUUGUGCGCAUAAAGUGAACGCAGACAUUACUUUUGCUCAGCAAAUUUAUAUUUGCAAUAUUUAAGUUUUUUAAAUUUAUUAUUGAUUUUAUUUGCUUAAAACAUUUUCUGAACAUAAUUUUUGAAUUUGUUGUGUUUAAUAUAUUUUUCUUCUUCAGCUCUAUAGUGUAGAGCUUUUGGCUAAUAUAUAGAUUUAUAUAUUUAUAUAUUUAUGUGUAUUAUGCAAUGAAAACAACGCUAAACACAUACACACACACACUCACAUAAGUGCACAUAUAAAAACUAAUUGUAAAACAAUUAUAAAACAAAAAUUGUGAAACCUUAUUUAUGUAUGUAAAAGUAUGUACUUUGUACGCUUAAAUGUUUAAAAACGUUAUUUUAGUGUUAAAUAAUUUACUUAUUCCACUUAAAAUGUUAACUAUAAAUUAUUAUUUUUACACUAAGUAUUGGGUGAAAUGAAGCAACACAAAAGGAUUGAUACACAUUUGAGGCGCAUACAUGUUUAAGCAUGUCGUCAUAUUUGUAGCUAAACACUUGAAGUGCUAUAUUUAAUUUUCUACACACUCGUCUUGAAAUUUAUAAGUCAUAUGCACUUCAAUUAGUGCAACUAAAUGUAUACGUACUUGCUCAUGCCAUAAACAUUUUAAUUGGUUAAGCACAUUUGCUGUAAUGCUAAAUAAUAUAUACUUGAAAUAAGCAUUACUUUUAUUUUUAUUAUUAUUAUAUUUUGUUUUUUUGUUUUGCUUUGCUUAUUUUACUUGUAGUUGAAAUUGACCACGAACAAAAACAAAAAAAACAAACACAAAAAAAACAUAUUUUAACCAAAUUUGGAAUCGAAACACUGAAUAAGGCUGCUCUAUAGUUAGACUGCAAAGUAGCUCAUAUAAAAUUGUUUAAAAAAAAUUGAAAAAAAAAAUAAAAAAAAAAAAUAAUAAAAUCAUAAUAACCACUAUAAAUAUUUAAUUGGCACAAAAUAGUAAAAAAUAAGUCUUAAAUAUAAGUUGCUGUGUAAAUAGUAUGUAGUCGAAAAGAGGUGUGAUAAAAUUUAUGUUAGUUUUUCAAGAUGUCACAUGAGCUGUAAGACUGCGUGGUAUAGCGCCCAAAAGUAGAUUUGCGCUUUAAAUAUUGGCAUUCAUUGAAUUGAUCCAGCGUUAAUUUGGUAAAUUUUCACAAAAAAUACCAAACAUGUACGUAUUUAAUGCAAAUUAGCAUGCUUUUAGGCGCAAACAUACUACGUGUCUGCAAUAUUUGUCUUGUAAAUUCAUCGUCGUCCAAAAAGUCAUUUACUAUAUAUGUAUGUACAUAAACGCAUAACAAAACGUUAGCAAAUAUCGCAAUGCCUUGUAUAAAAUUAAGUUAUAGGUAUAAAGAACAACAAUGAAAUAUAUACAAAUAUAAUGAAAAAAUUUGAAUAAUGUUAUUACAAAGUCCUUAAAGCACAACACUAGUGUUUGAAAACUCAAACUGCAACUUGAAUUUCAUAUAUAAACACAAACAUACAAAACAUAUAUGUAUGUAUACAAUUAUUAUUAUUAUAAUUUUUUUUGUUUUUGUUUUAAAAAAAUAUUAAAUAUUGCUUGUAGCGAAAAGAAAACACUUGAAUAUAUAAAUUCCUUUUUAAUUCUAAUUGUUCAAAGUAAUUUUGCGUCACUUUGCCACCGCUAGUGUAAGAGAAAAUCCACAUAAUAUUUAAAAAAUAACUAAUAAAUUUGAUAUAAAAUGUUGUACGCCGACAUUUUGUCGUUAAGCUGGCAAGUUUGCGGUUUUACGUUAUUUUAAUUUUUGUGCGCUGAAAGUUUAUUGUUUUUGUAGCUGUUUAGUACAGAUUUCCAUAUGUAAUUACAUAACAUUAAGUAUAAAAAUAAUUUACACACAUACAUAUAUAUUUAAAUAUAUACACGUAAAUAUAUCCAUGUUACUUGUUUUAGUGUCGUAAGAGUUUUUCGAUUUUGCUUUAAAGUAAACUUGGCUUACAAACUAUGGCAAAAUCAAUGAAUUACUUAAAAAUGAAAUAAA